AUUUUCAUCAAGAGAUGAUCCCAUUUUCCAAGAAACAAAGUGGAUCCAUCUUUUCUAACCGUCAUCUUGCAUUGAUGUCGGGCUUUCUAUUAUGUUUAAUAGGAAUAGGAUUAAUCAUUUUAGAGGUUUUAUUUCUUCCACAAUGGGUUCAUAGUGGCGUAAUCAUGACUGAUUUUUAUAUCUAUAUUGUUGUUACCGGUUGUGUUAGUAUGUUUAGUAUGAUUGCUGUAGUCACCAUAUGGAAGAGAUCAUUAUCCGGCAUGUAUCAUAUAUUGUUGGUGCUUUGUGGAGUUUGCAUUGUACAAUUUGUAGCAGGUUUGGUUCAUAUUGGGUUGUUGUAUCAAAAAUAUCAAACACAACUUGUAGAAGCAUGUAUUCGUCGUCAACCUCCCGGUGCAUUUUGGUGGUCCUUUGGUUAUCAAAGUAUGGAUGAUAUUCAUCAAUCGAUUCUUCAUUGUGAACGUGAUUGGGGCCGUUUUUCUGCUGUUCGUGUCGCUUGUUGUUUUACCUUUGCUCUGAUUGCGACGCUAUGUCUUCUUCUAAUGAUCAAGUAUUAUCGUCGAUCAAAAAAGGAUGUACGAUCGGAUCUUGAUAAGAUGGUGGAUGCAUCAUGGGACAGUGAAACAUUGCGUGCUCAUGAAGAAGAAAAACAACCCAUCCGAAAGGAUGAAUUACCAACAAAUUUGAUGCAAUCAUCACAAAAGGAAAAAGAAGCCAAUAAAGCCAUUGCCUUUGAAAAGCAUAACCAACGACAAAAAUUAUAUGAAAAGAUCACCAAGCGGCAACGACAAAAAAGAAGAGAGAGAAGUCGUACAGGAUCCGCCGUGUCUUCCCCUCGACAUUCUGGCCGAUUUUCCCAUCUCUAUCAUAUCCAUCCUUUUGAUGCUCCAGUGGAAGGACACCUCUCAGCUCAUCAUGUGGCUUUUGACGAUAAACAUGAGGAUAUGACUCAACACAGUGAUGUUUUUGAAGCUGCUCGUUCACGACGUAGUAGUAGGCGUCAUCGCAAACUUUCUUUAUCUCAUCCAUCAGCAUGGGCAGGUCUUCCCGUAGAUGAUACGAAACAUAAUUUAGGUCUUUGGGAUAACAAACAACAUGAUCAACAACAAACAUCUUCAUCACAUGAAUGGGCGAGACAUCACCAACAACAACAUCAACAACAACAGCAUCAACAUGAUGAUAGUGACGACAAUGAUGACGAAACCAAGCCUUUGAAUCCAUUCGAACAUAGGCCUCGUACUGAUUCUCCUUGA